AUGGGCUUCAGCUGCUGCUCCGGAAACUUCUCCCGCUCCCUUGGGGGCUACCUGCGGUACCCAAGUUCUUUCUACCCCAGCAACCUGGUCUACCGCACUGACCUCUGCUCUCCCAGCCCCUGCCAGCUGGGCUCCUCUCUCUACAGCAGCUGUCAGGAGACCUGCUGUGAGCCCACCAGCUGCCGGACGUCCUGCGUGGUGUCCAGCCCCUGCCAGAGGUCCUGCUCCUGCCCAAGGACCUCCACACUCUGCAGUCCCUACUGGAUGACUUAUGCUGGGCCCAGAGGCUUCAGACCCCAGGGUUAUGGAGUCCGUGGCUUCCCCACCUUGAGCUAUGGAUCCACAUUCUGCCACCCAACCUAUUUUGGUUUUCGGCAUCUCCAGCCACUUUGCUACAAACCAAUCUAUGGAUCUGGCUUCUACAGAUUAACUUGUUGAAUGUCUGGAUCUUUUUGCAGAAUGUUAACUAUUUUUUUUUUCACAAGAAACAACUCUCUAUGGUCUCCAGAGACUAAUUCCUCACCCUUUCUGUGGCCACGAGGUUAGCUUUCAGAUUGGUUCCUGCAAUAUGUAAAACUAAGCAAUAAACAUAAGAUUUCAAUCAUAUAGCUCUAUUGGUGAUGGAAAUCAUACAAUUAUUACAUACACAAUCCCUGCUUGGGA